AAAUAAAAUAACAUUUAACGAUUAAUUAUGAACAAUGAAUCAAACCACUACUUUCCCUGCCAUCCAUGGCCAGGCCGGGAACCUUUCCCACCAAAACCCGGGAGACUCCCCAAAAACCACCUUCCCGGGGGAGUUUUGGGGGGAGGAGGAGGAGGAGGAGCCUCUUCCCGCUGCCAAGACUCGGGAUUAAUCCCGCGGGAGCCGCUCAGGUCACGGAAUCCUCCCAAUCCCCCUCCGGGCCCGCCGGCUCUCUCGGCCCUAUUUUUAGAGCCGUGAGAGGAUCAGCGGGAAUCAGGAUUCCGUAGGAUUCCAUUCCGGGGCCUCGGGAUGAGCCCCCGCUCCCCACGGGCAGCCCCAGCCGGAGGCGCCGGGAAAAGCGGCCGGGAAGUUGGGAGGUGGAAUCCCGGGAUGCCCGGCGGGGGGGAUCCAUCCCGUUCCCACACGUGGUCCUGAGCGGGCGGAAUCCCCUUCCCGAGGGAAUCCCGGAGAGCGGAGAAGCUCCUGCUGGAGCCCAGCCCGGCCUGGGGGACACCGGGAAGGACAUUCCAUGGGAACAGGCGCUGGCACCUUCCGUAGGAGCUCUGGGAUCCCUAUGGAUGCCCCGAUCCCACAGAGCUGCAUUCCCAGGAUGAGAGCUGGGGUUAUUCCCUGAUCCCACAGAGCUGCAUUCCCAGGAUGAGAGCUGGGGUUAUUCCCUGAUCCCACAGAGCUGCAUUCCCAGGAUGAGAGCUGGGGUUAUUCCCUGAUCCCACAGAGCUGCAUUCCCAGGAUGAGAGCUGGGGUUAUUCCCUGAUCCCACAGAGCUGCAUUCCCAGGAUGAGAGCUGGGGUUAUUCCCUGAUCCCAAAGAGCUGCAUUCCCAGGAAAAGACCUGAUCCCAAAGAGCUGUAUCUCCCAGGAGAAGAGCUGGUGUUAUUCCCAGAUCCUACGGAGUUGCAAUUCCAAGCAGAAGACUUGGUGUUAUUCCCUGAUCCCAAAGAGCUGCAUCUCCUGGGAGAAGCCCUGGUGUUAUUCCCUGAUUCCAUGGAGCUGCAAUUUCCAGGAGAACCCCUGGGUGUUAUUCCCAGAUCCUACAGAGUUGCAAUUCCAAGGAGAAGCCCUGGUGUUAUUCCUUGAUCCCAUAGGGCUGCAAUUCCCUGAUCCCAUAGAGCUGCAAUUCCCAGGAGAAGACCUGGUGUUAUUCCCUGAUCCCAGAGAGCUGCAAUUCCCAAGAGAACCUCUGGGUGUUAUUCCCUGAUCCUACAGGGCUGCAAUUCCUGGGAGAAGCCCCGGUGUUAUUGAUUCCCAGGAUAAGAGCUGGUGUUAUUCCCUGAUCCCAAAGAGCUGCAUUCCCGAAAGAAGCCCUGGUGUUAUUCCCUGAUCCCAUCAAUCUGCACCUCCCAAGAUAAAACCUGGUGCUAUUCCCUGAUCCCGUAGAGCUGCAAUUCCCAGGAGAAGCCUUGGAGUUAUUUAUUCCCUGAUCCCCAAUCCUACAGAGCUGCAAUUCCCAGGAAAAGACUUGGUGCUAUUUAUUCCCUGAUCCCACAGAGCUGCAUUCCCAGGAGAAAACCUGGUGUUAUUCCCUGAUCCCAAAGAGCUGCAUUCCUGGGAGAAGCCCGGGUGUUAUUCCCUGAUCCCAAAGAGCUGCAUUCCUGGGAGAAAACCUGGUAUUAUUCCCUGAUCCCAGAGAGUUGCAAUUCCCAAGAGAACCUCUGGGUGUUAUUCAUUCCCUGAUCCCAAAGAGCUGCAAUUCCAAGGAGAAGCCCCGGUGUUAUUCCCUGAUCCCAUAGGGCUGCAAUUCCCUGAUCCCAGAGAGCUGCAAUUCCCAGGAGAACCUCUGGGUGUUAUUCCCUGAUCCCAUAGGGCUGCAAUUCCUGGGAGAAGAGCCGGUGUUAUUUAUUCCCUGAUCCCAUAGGGCUGCAAUUCCCUGAUCCCACAGACCUGCAAUUCCUGGGAGAAGCCCUGGUGUUAUUCCCAGAUCCUACAGAGUUGCAAUUCGCAGGAGAAGCCUUGGAGUUAUUCAUUCCCUAAUCCCCCAGACCCACAUUCCCAGGAGAAACCCCGGUGUUAUUCAUUCCCUGAUCCCACAGACCCACAUUCCCAGGAGAAUUCCCGGUGUUAUUUAUUCCCUGAUCUCACAUUCCCGGGAGAACCCCCGGUGUUAUUGAUUCCCUGAUCCCCCAGACCCACAUUCCCGGGAGAACCCCCCGUGUUAUUCCCUGAUCCUACAGAGUUGCAAUUCCCAGGAGAAGCAAUGGAGUUAUUUAUUCCCUGAUCCCACAGACCCAAAUUCCCAGGAGAAUCCCUGGUGUUAUUCAUUCCCUGAUCCCCCAGACCCACAUUCCCGGGAGAACCCCUGGUGUUAUUCCCUGAUCCCACAGACCCACAUUCCCGGGAGAACCCCCGGUGUUAUGCCCCGGGGAACUCCCCCCUCUCCCCCGGAACCCUCCGGACGCCCCCUCCGCGCCUCCCCCAUGGAAUUCCUCCUCUCCCUCGUCCUGCUCUCCUCCCUGCGGCUUUCCCGGGAGAAAUCCCUUCCCGGGGCCUACCGGGACCACGAGGAGGGGCAGGACGGGGCGGGACUGAUCCGGUGCGGGGAAUACACCAACCAGGUGCUGCCCAACGGGCGCUGCCGGAUCGUGGCGACGCUGCCGCAGGGGGACGAGCGGCGCUGCCCCGACAUGUUCCGCUGCACCGACGAGGUCUCCUUCUGGCUCCACGAGAACGAGGAGCGCAAGCAGCAGAUCCUGGAGCUCCGGGAGCUCAUCGCCGAGCUCCAGGAGGAGCUGCGCAGCCACCGGCACCGCGUCAAGGCGCUGGAGACACAGCACGAGGAGUCGUCCGGGCGGAACCGGAGCCUGAUCCAGCGUGUCCAGGACCUGGAGCAGCGGCAGGGGGAGUCCAGCACCCUGCAGCACAUCCAGGCCACGCUCCUGUACGACAUCCAGGCCCAGAUCAACAACAUCUCCGCCCUCGCCGACUGGGCCUGGAGGAAUCCCAACUGCGCCGGCCCCGCCGGGAUGCAGCUCCAGGAGGAGAUGCACCAGCCAGGGGAGGGAAGGAACGCCCGGAACUGCCCCAUCGACUGCGCCUCCGUCUACUCCAGCGGGAUCCGGAGAUCCGGGAUCUACAGCGUCCUGCCCGCCGUGCCGGGAAUGCCGCUGGAAGUGCUCUGCGACAUGGACACCGAGGGGGGGGGUUGGACGGUGAUCCAGCGGCGCCAGGACGGCUCCGUGGAUUUCAACCGGACGUGGAGCGAGUACCGGGACGGGUUCGGGGCCCUGAGCGGGGAGUUCUGGCUGGGCAACGACAACAUCCACCGGCUCACCAGCCAGGGGGACUAUUCCCUACGGAUCGACCUGGAGGACUGGAACAACAAGCACAAACACGCCUUCUACCAGCUCUUCAGGUGGGACACUCCGGGGGCGGAGCCGGGGGGAGCCCAUCCCAUGGGAGACAGGCCUGGAUGGGCCACGGCCUCCUUCCUGGAUCAUUCCUGCUCCAUCCUGGGUAUCCUUCCUGUUCCAUCCUGGAUAUCCUUCCUGCUCCAUCCUGGAUGUCCUUCCUGUUCCAUCCUGGAUAUCCUUCCUGCUCCAUCCUGGAUAUCCUUCCUGCUCCAUCCUGGAGAUCCUUCCUGCUCCAUCCUGGAGAUCCUUCCUGCUCCAUCCUGGAGAUCCUUCCUGCUCCAUCCUGGAUCAUUUCUGCUCCAUCCUGGAUAUCCUUCCUGCUCCAUCCUGGAUAUCCUUCCUGCAUCCCCCUGAUCCAUCCUGGAUCAUUCCUGUUCCAUCCUGGAUAUCCUUCCCGUUCCAUCCUGGAUAUCUUUCCCGUUCCAUCCUGGAUAUCCUUCCUGCUCAUCCUGGAUAUCCUU